CAUUUUCGGCUUCACUCGACUGUCAGCGGCAUACCUUUCUUCAGGAGACUCGACACAACAUCGACAAAAGUGAGUGUGCAUGCUCUAUUUAACCACUCCAUUCAUUUUGCUAACGGUUCUCUGCAGAUGGGUCGUCUCAACGAGUACCAGGUCAUCGGGCGUCAUUUGCCCUCCGAGGCGAACCCGACGCCCAAGCUGUACCGCAUGCGUAUCUUUGCUCCCAACACAGUGGUGGCUAAGUCACGCUUCUGGUACUUCCUUACCAAGUUGAAGAAGGUCAAGAAGGCCAACGGUGAAAUCGUCAGCCUCAACAUUAUCAACGAGAAGCGUCCCACCAAGGUCAAGAACUUCGGUAUCUGGAUCCGUUACGAUUCUCGCUCCGGUACCCACAACAUGUACAAGGAAUUCCGUGAACUCUCCCGCACCGACGCCGUUGAGUCCUUGUACCAGGACAUGGCAGCCCGCCACCGUGCCCGAUUUGGCUCUAUUCACAUUCUUCGCGUCGUUGAAAUUGAGGACAACGAAAGCAUCCGCCGCCCUUAUAUCAAGCAGCUCCUCACCAAGGGCCUCAAGUUCCCCCUUCCUCACCGUGUUCCUCCUCAGUCCAACAGCAAGAUCUUCGCCCACCAGCGUCCAUCCACUUUCGCCUAAGCGUACUGUGUUUAUUUUGGGGUUUGAGGGUUUGCGGUUCUAUAAUUGUCUAUGGCCAUAGCAUCGAUAUGGGAGAAAAGCAUAUGAAACGAAGAGGGCAUUUUUGGCUGCCUCUAUGUAGGGGUUGAUGGUCUUUUAUGUCAUGUCCAGUCCAGAUGAUACCGCGUUUACAAAUGAUAUCAAAAAUUUACUAUCUUCAGAAGUGUUCAAUCAGUUCGGCUAGCGGAUCGCAUAUGGAUAUUAACUCUGUAUGCGUUUAAUGUCACUCCCGUCCACGACGAGGCUCGUCUAGCGUCGAGCAGAAUUAGAUGCUAUGCAUUCACGGUUAGAACUUUGCUCUUUGAUUCUCUCAAGACGUUAUCCUUCUCCCACCCGCACUGUAGCAAUGGAUAAACUCCUCACCGGCAACAUUAUUGCUGGUUCUUGACUGUAUUCAUUAAUAGCUAGUUACUGGAUAGAAAGUACAAGGAUUCUAGUAUUUAAC